GAUGUGUUGUGUCAGUUUUGAUCGCAGUCGAUAUACAGGAGGUAAAAGAAAAUGCUCUGGAUUAAUCGGGGAGUAAAAGCCUUCGCUGAAAAUAUAACAUCUAGAUGGUCCACAAUGGAUGAACUUCUGAUAACUAAGGUGAAAAAGUGAUCCAAUGAGGUAUAAUACUGUAGUAUCACAUGACAGGAAGAGAUGAGCCCUGGGACCGCCCAUCAGGAAGAAGCCAACAGGAGAUUACUGUGAUUAGCUGCAGCCAGCUGGAACGCGAGGAGACAGGCUGUGUCCUGGUCCAGAAGGUUGGGACUGACUGAAGGACAGUGAUUGUCCGUUAGGAACCGUGAGCGACCGUGAGCGACCGUGAGUGACCGUGAGUGACCGUGAGCCCCCAGCCUCGCCAGGAGAGGGAACCUAUGGCCGAGCAGCAGCACAGUGCAGGUCCCCGCGUGUGACUCACCAUGGACAGAGUGCUCUGUGGGCUGCUGCUUCUGGGAACCGCGGUGACGAUGGCCCAUGCCUGCCCCAAGUACUGCGUCUGCCAGAACCUGUCCGAGUCGCUGGGCACGCUCUGUCCCUCCAAGGGCCUGCUGUUCGUGCCGCCCGACAUCGACCGGCGGACGGUGGAGCUGCGUCUCGGCGGGAACUUCAUCCUCCGCAUCACGCAGCAGGACUUUGCCAACAUGACGGGCCUGGUGGACCUCACUCUGUCCCGCAACACCAUCGGCUCCAUCCAGCCCUUCGCCUUCUCUGACCUGGAGACCCUGCGCUCCCUGCACCUGGACAACAACCGGCUGACCCAGAUCGGGCCGGACGACCUGCGCGGCCUGGUCAACCUGCAGCACCUCAUCCUCAACAACAACCAGCUGAGCCGCGUGUCCGAGCGCGCCUUUGAGGACCUGGCGCUGACGCUGGAGGACCUGGACCUGUCCUACAACAACCUGCGCGGCCUGCCCUGGGACUCCGUGCGGCAGAUGGUCAACCUGCACCAGCUCAGCCUGGACCACAACCUGAUCGAUUACAUACCUGAGGGCACCUUUGCGGACCUGGAGCGGCUGGCCCGGCUGGACCUGACGUCCAACCAGCUGCAGAAGCUGCCGCCGGACCCCAUCUUCGCCCGCGCCCAGGACACGCUGGUGCUGAGUACGCCCUACGCCCCGCAGCUGUCCCUCAGCCUCGGCGGAAACCCGCUGCACUGCAACUGCGAGGUUCUCUGGCUGCGCAGGCUGGAGAGGGACGACGAACUGGAGACCUGCGCUUCCCCUCCCAACCUGAAGGGGCGCUACUUCUGGCACAUCUCGGAGGAGGAGUUCACCUGCGAGCAGCCCCUCAUCACUCAGCACACCCACAAGCUGCUGGUGCUGGAGGGCCAGACUGCCAGCAUGAAGUGCAAGGCCAUCGGUGACCCCCCGCCCACCAUCCACUGGCUCGCCCCCGAUGACCGUCUGAUUGGCAACUCCUCGCGGGCGGUGGUGUACGGCAACGGCACCCUGGAGAUCCUCAUCACCACCUCCAAGGACUACGGCACCUUUACCUGCAUCGCGGCCAACGUGGCGGGUGAGUCCACCGCCACCGUCGAGCUGUCCAUUGUGCAGCUACCCCACCUGAGCAACGACACCGGCCGCAGCACACAGCCCAAGUCCCGGCUGUCCGACAUCACCAGCUCCACCAAGACCAGCAAGGGGGAGGCCAAGGCCCCGCCCGAGAAGGCGGUGUCAGUGUCGGAGGUGACGGCCGUCUCUGCGCUGGUCAGCUGGUCCGUCAGCAAGGCGGCCCCCAAGGUGAAGAUGUACCAGCUUCAGUACAACUGCUCAGACGACGAAGUCCUGAUCUACAGGAUGAUCCCGGCCUCCAGCAAGGCCUUCCUGGUGACGAACCUUGUGUCGGGGACGCAGUAUGACCUGUGUGUGCUGGCUGCGUGGGACGACACGGCCACCACGCUCACCGCCACCAACGUGGUGGGCUGCGUUCAGUUCUUCACCCGGGACGAGUACCCGCAGUGCCAGUCGCUCCGCACCCACUUCCUGGGCGGUACCAUGAUCCUGGUGGUGGGCGGGGUCAUCGUGGCCACGCUGCUGGUGUUCAUCGUCAUCCUGAUGGUGCGCUAUAAGACAGGGGGUGAGGAUGAGCCCCCCCCGGGCAAGCUGCCCACCGUCAGCGACACCUACUCACAGACCAACGGGGGCCGGGCCCUGCGCAACGGCCUGCUGCCCCCCAAGCCCAAGCCCAAGGUGACCCUGAGGAAUGAGGUGGUGGAGUUCAGGUGCGGCUCCCUCCAGAGCAGCCUAUCCUCCUCUUCUUCCUCCUCAUCCUCGGGCCCGCCGGGCAGCCGAGACGGAGACCGCUACAGCCUGCAGAGCCAGGAGGGGGUGCUCUCCAGCAAGUGGAGGACUGUCCCCUCCAAGGCCCGGCCCAAUCUGGACCACCUGCUGGGGGCCUUCACCUCCCUGGAGCUGCGGGGCCAGGGCAGAGACUCGGGGCCCUCUGGCUCCGCCCCCGGGGCCACAGCGCCCCCUUCUGACAAGGAGCCCCUGCUGGGUCGGACCAUGGACUCCACACUGAGCCGCCUGCUGCUGCUGGACAGCAGGCCCAAGCGCAGCCAGUCCUUCGACAUGGGGGACGUGGGGGGCAGCGCCCCCCCGCAGCUGUGCAGCUACCCCCGGCGCAUCAGCCGCAUCUGGACUAAGAGGAGCCUGUCCGUCAACGGCAUGCUGCUGCAGUACGACGAGGAGGGCGAAGCCGACGGCAGCAAGGGGGCGUUGGAGAGCUCCGAGUGGGUGAUGGAGAGCACAGUCUGAGGGCGGGGGGGCCAUGCAGAGGACAACAGCCCGGUGCCCCCCCCCUCCCUUGCUGUGCGUGUAGUUCAUCGACGCUAAUCCUGU